AUGAAUUCCAAAUCAGUGGUAUUAGUAAUACUCAUAUACAUAACUUCCUUCAUCACAGCAACUGUUAUCCCCCAAGUUGAAACAUUCCAUCUCAGUGAAGAUGAAAAGAAAUAUUUGGUAGAUGACCCCAAAGUCACUCAUAAAGUAACAUUCACCAUUUCUCAAAAACAAGCUGAUUCGCCCAACAUGUCACUAUUGGGUAAACUAACAUUGGCAUUAUUUGGUGAAGUAUGUCCCAUAACAGUGGACAAUUUCUAUCAAUUAUCAGCCAUGACUCGUGGAUACGGGUACAAGGAUAGUCAAUUCCAUCGUAUCAUCAACAACUUCAUGAUUCAAGGUGGUAAUUAUGAUGGAGAAGGCGGUAAGCUGAUUUAUGGCGGCAGCUUCAAUGAUGAAAAUUUCAAAUUAAAACAUGACAAAUUGGGUCGUUUGUCAAUGGCUAAUGCUGGACCAAAUACCAAUGGAGGUCAAUUUUUCAUUUUAAACACUGACAAGACCCCACACUUGGAUGGGAAACAUGUGGUAUUUGGCCAACUAGUUGGUGGAUUUGAUACAUUGAUGAGGAUAAGCACAGUUGAAGUUGAUGGUAAUAACAAACCAUUGGAGCUGAUUAUUAUUGCUGAUGUGGAAACUGCUAAAUUGAGUACUGAUCCUCAAAAUGGCGAUGAAUUAGAAUCGGCUGCUGCGGCUGCUGAAUUGAAGGAAAGCGGAUCAAAAGAGGAAGAUGUCAAGGUUGAACAAGUUGUACAAACUAGUUCGGUUUAUCCUUGGUUUAUUGGUUUGCUUUUGCUUGGGAUUGUUGGUGGUAUUUAUUACAAGAAGUUUUAUAAAGCUGAAAGAAUUACUGAUAUCAGGAGUAAUCGACGCUUUUGA